UGGAGGGAUGGGGGGCUCCUUUGGUCGAUGGAUGCGACUGGUAGCGGCCUGUAUCUGGACCUUGGCGACAGGUUUCGUGAUGUUUGGUCCGAGUCGGGGGAGACACAGGGCGGGGACGGGGCUUUCGCGACUUUCCGUGCUGGUCGGGGAAACUGGCAGUGCUCAGCCUGUGCCUGUAACGAGGAGAGGCAGGCGGCGAGACGUUGGAAGAAGAUUUCGUGCCGGGUCACGUGU